AUGGAUGAACACAAAGAAAGUGUGCCUUUAUCAAAUGUUGGAGAUCUGUCAGAUCGUCCCGCUGGCAGUCAAGAGAAUCCCGAAUCUUCUUUUGCGGAGGUAUUACAACCACCAAUUACAGAACCGACUACAGAAAUAGCUGAGACAUCAAGUCAUGUAAAUUCCGCACUUAAUGAGAAUAUGGUCGGCAAUAGGGAAGUAAACCAUAAAGAAGAGGCACCUACCGAAAAGCGUGACAGCAACACUGAUAUAAUGGAUGUUGACGAACCACACAACGAUAAUUUGAGCACAACCGAUAGGAUGUCCAAAGAACUACAAUCAUCAUCAUCAUCAUCAUCAGUUUAUAAGACAGACGAAGAAAAAGAAAAUGAACGACUUGCUCAACUGGAUGCCAUACAGGAAGAAAUCAAGAAAAUGAAGAUCACACAGUUAGAGCUCGUGCCCAUCCUUCUAGAGCUAAUGCAACAAGUUAAUAAUGGUGAAAUGCUGGUCAAGGAUGUGAAUAAUGCGUGUGGACGUAUUCGGGUGCGUUUGAACCGUCUUCGGGAACAACGUCUUCAGGUUCAAGCUAAGCUAAAAAAUGUAGAAACUACGUAUGGAUAUUUUCAUGGCGAAGAUUUCCAGAAUCGAAUCCAACGAAAUAUAUCUACCAAAGAAAAUUGUCUACUCUCUUUGAUAGAACGGAUACAAAAUAGGAACCUACUGUGA